AGUUUUUAUAAAAAAUAAUUUUGUGAAAACUUAAUGAUAAUUUUUUUGGUUUUUGGAUUUUUAAAACUCUAAAAACUCCAACCAUUCCACACCUUUGUUGUAGCCAACAUUGGGCGGACUGUAUAAGUUGUACAUUGCACGUUAAUGUGUUUUUUUAAGAAAAAAAAGUUCAUAAAAAUAAUUUGUGAAAAAAUAUGUGAUGCAAAUAUUUUGGAUGUUUUCUUUGAGGAUUUUCGCAUGUGGGAUUUCAUUGGUUACAUUGUGAUCAGAAAGAUUUUAAAAAAUGGUCAGCUUUUGUAAAUAAUAAAAAAAAAAAUAGGUGAAGAAUUAGACAAAACGGUCAUUUAAUGGGCCAGGUUUUAAUGGUAGGCCUAAUCAGGAAAUGGCCUGUGUUGGUGGGCUCCGUACUAAAGUCGGAGCCGUUACUGUAAUUUCAUAACAAUUGUGGGGCCGAAAUUGAAGAAGCCCAAAAUAGUGGGAGAAAAAUGCGAGAAGUGGACGGCAGUCGGCAGCAGCAAGAUCUUCUAUCCACCGCCAAUAAAACUUCGCCACGUCAUUGAUCUCGUUUAUGCUAAUUCCCUAGCAUUUAAAUAUUCCACGUUUAAGCUAACCAGCUAAUAUCACUCUAACUAAGCAUGGUUAUAAUUAAUAAUUAUAUUACUUUUUUUUGUCUUUUAUUCGUUGGAAUCUACCCACUAAUUAACUUUAUAUGAUAGCAUUUUUAAUAAAAGCCCAUGAUCAUGUUCAUGAUUAUCGUAUAUAUAUAUAUAUAUAUAUAAUUAACGCUAUGGGCAGAUUUUUUGUGCAAUCUAAAAGUCAAUCCAAAAUUAUAAAAGAAUCAAAUAACAUUUGUUUAUAGAUGCCGAGGUCUCUACAAAGCGAUAUAUAAAGACUAAUAUAAUAAACUUACAUGUGUCACGCAAGGUUUCUUUGAUUAUUGAAGAGGUUAAUGAUAAUGAUUAAUUAUAAUGGUUAGAAUUGAUAUAAUUCGUAAACUAUCGUACGAUGUGGACCCCAUUUGCAUCUUUUCUAGUCAUUUUGUUGACUAUAAAGGUGCAUAAUAAUAUUAAAGUGUAUUUAGUCGUACUUAUCUAAUCCUAUUGAUUUCGAUAUAAUUGAUUUGGUUUUGUCUAGUUAUGGUCUUUUUUUUUAUACAAUUUUAUUAUAUAUCUAAGAGUAGUAUAGAAAAUAAUGGCAUAUAGUUCGAAGCAAUUUUGUAUACAAAUGACGGAUAUAUAAAUGAUCUAAUUAAAUGAAUGGUUUAAAGUGAGUGAUUAUAGCAUUUUAAAAUUUAUAAUAUAUAUAAUGGUGGAACUCAUAUAUGAUUUUUAUAUAUGUUAUGAAUGCGAAUUAUGGUAGUAAUUAUCUUUUUAUUUGGGUGACAAAAAUAUAUCGUAAAUCCCAUAUAGAACUUGUGGAUAUGUGAUAUAUAUCCAAAGGUUAAAUACAAAAUUUCGAAACAUUAAUGAUGGUCCGAUAAAUGUCAUAAAUAUGAACAGAUGAUAAUGUGAACACAUGCAAAGAGGUCACUGGAUGACCACGGAGGAAAGAACAGAUGACAGAGGAAGAAAUAUAGGAUGUUGGAGAAGGUGGAGACAUUGGACCUCACCAAAGUGAUCGAUGAAUUCGAGGAGAUGACAAGAAACGCUGAGGAGAUUCAGAGGCAGACCCUAGUGGAUAUCCUGGAGAAGAACAAGUCCACUUUCUACUUGCAGAGAUGCGGGCUCAACGGAAGUACGGACAUUGAUGAUUUCAAAGCGAUGGUUCCUCUGGUCACCGACCACGAGUUGGAGCCUUACAUCAAAAGAAUCGUGGAAGGUGACAAAUCUCCCAUUCUCACUGCUCAGCCCGUCCCCGCCAUCUCGUUGAGCUCCGGAACCAGUCAGGGUCGUCCAAAGUUCAUCCCUUUCACCGAUGAACUCAUGGAGAACACGUUACAGCUUUUCCGAACUGCUUUUGCAUUCAGAAACAGGGAUUUCCCCAUUGGAUAUGGAAAGGCGCUGCAGUUCAUCUUCAGCAGCAAGCAGUACAUCUCGGAGGGCGGUGUCCCUGUCGGAACAGCCACCACGAAUCUGUACCGAAACCCGAAGUUUAAAGCCGGGUUGCAAUCAAUCCGAUCCAUAUGCUGCAGCCCUGACGAGGUUAUAUUCAGCCCAGACGUCCAUCAGGCUCUCUACUGCCAUCUCUUGUGCGGGAUUCUCUGCCGCGACGAAGUCCAGUAUGUAUUCGCGGCCUUCGCUCACAGUCUCGUCCAUGCUUUCAGAACCUUUGAACAUGUCUGGGAAGACAUCGUAGCCGACAUAAGGGAAGGCGUCCUAAGCAGCCGGAUCACUGUCCCGUCUGUCCGUGCGGCUAUGUCUAAGCUGCUUAGACCCAAUCCAGAACUGGCCGAGUUAAUCCGCACCAAAUGUAUGAACCUGAGCAACUGGUAUGGACUGAUACCCGAGCUUUUCCCUAACGCGAAGUACCUCUACGGGAUCAUGACUGGUUCGAUGGAGCCAUACGUGAACAAGCUGAGACACUAUGCUGGUGGUCUUCCGCUCAUCAGUCACGACUAUGGCAGUUCGGAAGGGUGGAUUGGGGCUAACGUCACUCCAAGACUGCCCCCUGAGGAGGCUGUUUUUGCAGUUGUCCCGAAUUUCGGCUACUUCGAGUUCAUCCCCAUUGCCGAGACAGAGGAGGCGCUGCCCAAGCCAGUGGGUUUGACCGAGGUCAAAGUCGGUGAAGAGUACGAAAUCCUUUUCACCAACUAUGCAGGAAUGUACCGUUACAGGCUGGGGGACGUUGUCAAAGUCAUGGGUUUCUACAACAAGACGCCGCAACUCAAGUUCAUAUGCAGGAAAAACCUAAUACUGUCCAUAAACAUCGACAAGAACACGGAACGAGACUUGCAGGUCUCGGUCGAAGCAGCGGCCAAGAGACUGUCGGAGGAAAAGCUUGAAGUCCUGGACUUCUCGAGCCAGGUCGACGUAUCGUCCGAGCCAGGACACUACGUCAUAUACUGGGAGAUAUCGGGCGUACCGGCCAUGGACGCCCUGCAAGAAUGCUGCAACAUCCUGGAUAGAUCGUUCUUGGACGCGGGCUACGUCGGGUCGAGGAAAAGCCAGAACAUAGGACCGCUCGAGCUCCGUAUCGUCGGGAAAGGAACGUUCAAGAAGGUCCAGGAACAUUAUCUGGGGCUGGGGACUUCGGCCGGUCAGUUCAAGAUGCCCAGAUGCGUGAAACAUAUCAACAUUAAGGUUCUUCAGAUCCUGUCUGAAAAUGUUGACUAUAGGUUCUUCAGCACAGCCUUCGACUUCUAAUUAACUGUCCAUAUACAUAUAUAUAUAUAUAUAUAUAUGUAUAUAUACGUCCUCGCAAGUUUAAACUCGUAGAUCAGCUUCUUGUUAUUGUUUCUGUUUCUCCUCUUAUGCAGCUCCAUAUGCAGUAAUGUAUACAGUGUUUUUCCUUGUGUCCGUACAAGGUUAUCAAUUUGUGUCUCUGUGUUGUCGCCUA